CAUAUUUUUUUUUCCUCCUAACUCUCUCUCUCUCUCUCUCUCUCUCUCUGCACAGAGACAAAGGAAAACAAGUAGCGAAGAAAACAAAAAAAAAAAAAACCACUUUGAGAAACCUCUUUCUCUUCCUCUCUCUCUCUCUCUCGCCGUCGAUCGCCUGAACCCUAAUUCGAUCCACCGGAAACCAGAACAACUCCGCCGUGAGAGCAGUAGAUGAGCGUACGAUUGGGGAGCAGUUGAGAGAUCAAACGGGCAGGAUUUCGUCACCGGAUGGAGGGAGUGCAAAGCUGUUGCUUCCUUUGCUUUCAAAUGGGAUACACCCAUGGAUUAUGAUGACAAUGAUUUUCAAAGCCAGAAUCUUCAUUUAGCUGGUGAAGGAAGCACCAAAUUUCCACCGGUUUUGCAGCCAUAUGCUCUUCCCAAGUUUGAUUUUGACGACAGCCUUCAGGGGCAUUUAAGGUUUGAUAGCUUGGUUGAAACAGAAGUUUUUCUUGGCAUUGAAAGUAACGAGGAUAACCAGUGGAUUGAAGAUUUCUCUCGGGGGAGUAGUGGGAUAGAGUUCAAUUCAAGUGCAGCUGAAUCUUGCUCUAUAUCAAGGCGUAACAAUGUUUGGUCUGAGGCCACUUCCUCAGAAUCUGUUGAAAUGCUAUUAAAAUCCGUCGGGCAGGAGGAAACUAUUCUCAGACAAACUAUUGUUGAGGAGUCAGAUGCAUGUGAUGAACUUGGUUCCUUAACCAAGCAAAUGGAGCCUAGUCUGAAACAUGAUGAUGACAUUCUUCCUAAAAUAGGGGAUGAUACAGAUUUAAAGUCUACAUUACCACAGGAUGAGAUUCCUGAAAACUUUUCUGUGUUAAAAGAAGAUAUACCAGUUGAGCCUUGUGUUGAAGAUACUUCAAAAACUCAUGAAGAUGAGUUUUCUGUGGAUGGAAGAUCAGGUGAACUGGAUCCAAAUGCUGUCAGUGUAAAGGGUGGCUUACCUAUGAUUGAGGAAGAUCCGUUUGCUGAUAGCAAAUCUGAUGUUGCAGAUAGAAGAGAUAUCAAUCCUUUGGUUGAUGAAUAUGUGGAUCAUAGGACCCAAGAAGAUUUUUCUGCUUCAGGGAUGCAAGUUGAUAAUAAGGUUCCCUGUGCACAAAAUAUCAUUUCAAGUGGUGGUGAGCUGAACGAUGAAGAUCUCCAACAUGAGAUAGAUGAUGUUGGCAAUAUGAAUUUGGAUGGAUUGCAAACAAGAAAUGAUGAGCGAAAGGAAGAAUUUCAUGUACUGAGCAGAGAGGCAGAGAAUUUGGAUGGCAAUGCAGUUGAAAGUGGUACCUUUCAUUUGGAAAACCCUCUUGGCUCAACCUCAAAGGUAGAAUCUGUGGAAGAAGGAAAUGAUAUUGAAAAUCGUAUCAUUAAUGUGGAGGAACCUUCUAGUAUGGUAAACAAGGUUGUUUCUGCCUUGCAUACAGCGGAACAAUGCACACAGGAUGUAGAUUCCAGAAUUCCUGUGGAGACCAGGAAAUGUGAUGCGGUUUUGUUCAAAGACAAAGAGUUUGGUGAACCUUCUAAAGUAAAUACACAUGAGGUCUCACCAAUGGCCUUUGAAGGUGAUACUAAUUUUGAGGGUUAUGCAGUGCAAGUCAGUGGUCCUGAAGCUGGGAUCUCUGCAAGUGUUGAGCCAAAGGUGGAUGCCAUUGUGCAGCUAACAUAUGGACAGGAAAGUGUUGUUGAGAAAGAUAAUUUGUUAGAAAGUAGUCAACAAUUAGAUAAUGAGAUUUUAGUAAGUAAAUCUGAGGCAUCUUUGUCAUCCAAGGAGGAUAAUAAAGUUUCCAAAGUUGAAGAUAAAGAAAACAGUAGUAGUCAUAUGGGAGGUAUUUCUUCUGUGACAGUGUGUUCUUCAGCUGAAUUGCUUAGGGAAGCAUGUGAGACUGGAACUCUGAAAGUUGGUCAGGUUGUUUUUGGAGUGUCUAGGGAGAAUCUGGUUGCUGAAGACCAUGUCUCGUCUUCCAUUCUGGAUGAAUCCACUCAAAUAUGUGAAGCAGAUAAAAUCUAUGGACAAGGUGAUGUUCAUAAAUGUGAUAUAGAUGUUUCGAUUAGUGAUGAGAAGAGCACAAAGUUGCCAUCUGAAUCUAGUAACAUGGAUUGUGUGGUGGAUGGAUCUCUUAUCGUUGAUAAGGGAGCUGGGACCUCAUCUCAUUGUGAAGGUAGUGCUGGAAAUGAGCCCGUUAUACUACUUGAUGUCACUGUUAGCAAUGAAUCAGCAUUAAAUGCUACCUUGGAAAAUGCUAAGGUGGCAUCCUUUGACAUGACUGGUGUUCUCCAGCCUUCUGAGAAUGUUAAGACUAUAGAUGGGGUUGGUGAUUAUAAAGAGGUUAUAACAGUAUCUUCUGUUGGGGGUUUUACUUACUCUGAUAAGGAGUCUACUGCAACCAAAAUAUCUACAGAAGCAAGAUUAUCUACUUUGAAGGAAUCUUCAGAAUUGGAAACUGAGCCAGGUCCUGCUUCUGAAAGUGAAAAAGAUGCAUCUUUUGAUACUGUUGGAAAGCUUUUACAAAAGACAGUUCAUCAAUCGCUGCCAAAGGCAGAUACUUGUAAUGCAGAAAUUCAGAGUGAAGUUCAAACAGUGGUUGUUAAUGAAGUUAACCAGGAAUGCAUUAGGGGGACUGAAGUGCAUGCUGUUAUCUGUGAUGUAGCAGCAAAAGAGGGUGGUGCUGCUGAUGCAGUAACUUUUCUUGAAAAGCGUGAGGAGGCGACUGUAGAAGAGAAUCUUGAAAAGGCAUCCUCAGAAGCUUCAGGUUCCUUAUCUUCUGCUAUUUGUGCAAUGGAAAGUGGAAGUGCUUCUAGCAAUCCUGAUAAACCUACUGGUUCCCCUAAUAUUAUAACUACUACCGAGCUUUCUCAGAGUGAAAAGGAAAAGGAGGGAGUGAGGGCAUUAACAGAGGAAGAAGUUAACAGGUCCACUGAUAAGAAAGCCCCGGUUGCUGAGAUUGAUGAUGUAGAAACUAGCAAUUCUUUGUCAGUUUCUGGGGAUCCAAAAGGAAAGGACAGUUCCAAAGAUGAGCAGAGCUUCUCUUUUGAGAUUGGUUCAUUGGCAGAUUUGUCUAAAAAAGACACUGGAAAGAAUUCACAACCCUUUCCUUCUAUUUCUGCUGGCAAAGUAUUGCCGAUUGUAGAGGGUUCUCCUUCAACUUCUGGUUUAGGCCAAAUGGAUGCCAAGAUAUCACAAGAUAAUUCUACUGGAAGUCCACAAGUAUCUGAAGGACAGAUUACACGUGGUGGUUCAAAAGGUACUCAUGAGCGUAAGACAAGGCGGGCAUCUGGUAAGACGGCAAUUGGAAAGGAAACUCCUAAAAGGGGAAAUCAUGUGAAAGAAACAACUCCUACAAAACAAUCAGAAAGAGGAGAUAAAGCAGCUACUGCAUCCCUGAGCCCAUCUGCAAUUUUCCAGUUUGUGCAAUCCAGGGAAAUGCAGCAUUAUGGGCAUGUAGAAGGCAAUAGUACAAAGCCAAUUUUUGUUAUCACUGCUUCGGCAUCUAGUCUGCCAGAUUUGAAUACUUCAGCUUCACCAUCUACAUUGUUUCAGCAACCUUUCACGGAUUUACAGCAAGUGCAAUUGCGUGCUCAGAUCUUUGUGUAUGGAGCUUUGAUUCAAGGAACAGCACCUGAAGAGGCACAUAUGAUAUCAGCAUUUGGUGGACCUGAUGGUGGAAGGAAUGUUUGGGAGAAUGCCUGGCGUGCAUGCAUGGAAAGGCUACACAGUCAAAAGUCUCAUCCCGUUACCCCUGAAACCCCAUUGCCAUCACGUUCUGGUGCUAGGGCUCCUGAUCAAGCAAGCAAGCAAAGUACACUUCAAAGUAAAGGUGUCUCCUCACCUCUUGGUCGAACCAGCAGCAAGGGUACUCCAACAGUUGUAAAUUCGAUGAUACCUCUUUCAUCACCAUUGUGGAGUAUGCCUAUGCCUUCUGGUGAUGCCUUGCAAUCUAGUGUCAUGCAAAGAGGUUCAGUCAUGGAUUAUCAGCAGACACAUAGUCCAUUGCAUCCUUUUCAGACUCCUCCAGCUAGAAACUUUGUUGGACAUAACACUCCGUGGAUAUCUCAGGGCCCCUUUCGUGGUCCCUGGAUGGCUUCUCCACAAACUUCUGCACCUGAUGCCAGUACUCGUUUACCUAACACAGAAGCAAUUAAGUUGACUCCUGUCAAAGAAUUUUCUGUGCCGCAUUCCUCUGGUAUAAAGCAUCCAGUGGUUCAUAGUGGGGUCCCUACUAGCACUUCCCUGCUUGAUCCAAAAAAGGUAACAGCAUCACCUGGAAAGAAUUCUACAGAUCCGAAGUCUAGAAAAAGAAGAAAAAAUCCAGUUUCUGAGGAUCUUGGUCAGAUUGUUUUGCAGUCUCAAUCUCAACCUGAGCCAGUUUCAACCCCUGCUGUUACUACACAUCUGCCCACUUCUGUUGCCUUUACAAUGCCCACUGGUUUUGCAUCUAAAGCCACUUCAGAAAAAUUUGUUAUAUCUGAAUCUCCUAUAUCAUCCAUGGAUCACCUCCAAAAAAAGGCAGACCAGGAUGUACAGCAGAGGGCUAGUUUGUCAGAGGAAACCCUUAGUAAAGUUAAGGAGGCUAGAUCACAGGCGGAGGAUGCUGCUGUCCUCUCUGCAGCUGCUGUUAGUCACAGCCAAGAAGUUUGGAGUCAAUUGGAAGAGCGAAAAAAUUCUGGAUUGGUGUCAGAUGUUGAAGCUAAAUUAGCUUCUGCAGCUGUUGCAGUAGCAGCCGCUGCUGCUGUUGCAAAGGCAGCAGCUGCAGCAGCCAAGGUCGCAUCAAAUGCUGCACUGCAAGCAAAGUUAAUGGCUGAAGAAGCACUUGUUUUGAAUGGUUAUGGCAAUCCUAGUCAAAGUACUGGAACUUCUCUUCCUGAUAGUAUGAAUAUUUUGGGACAGGCUACUCCUGCAUCCAUUCUGAAGGGUGAUAACAGAACAAACACCUCCAGUUCAAUCAUUAUAGCUGCUAAGGAGGCUGUUAGAAAAAGGGUUGAAGCUGCUUCUGCUGCCACUAAAAGAGCUGAAAAUAUGGAUGCGAUUGUAAAAGCUGCUGAGCUGGCAGCAGAGGCCAUAUCACAAGCUGGAAAGAUUGUUGCAAUGGGUGAUCCUUUGCCGCUGACUGAACUGCUGGAGUUUGGUCCAGAGGGUUAUUGGAAAGUAUCCAGAGAAUCUACUGAGCUUGUUGGGAAAUCAAUUGAGGUAAAUAGAGAACAAUUAAGCAAUGAUAUUGUUGGAGAGGGUCCAGAUACUUCUACAAAGCAUCAAAAAGACGGACCAUCGGUGAAAGAAACUAAGAGUACUACACAUGAGAAGUCACAUCUUCAAACAGAGAUGCCAAAGGAGUCAAUGGUGGAUCAUAUGAGAUUGGUAGAUGGAAUUUCAGCGCCUAUUCCAACUAAUGAAACAGAUUCAAGAGUUCAAAAGGGCCGAAAAGUUUCUGAUUUGGCAAAAACCAUUGGUGUGGUUCCUGAAUCUGAGAUUGGAUCAAGAUCUACUGUUCGGAAUGAGUAUGAAAAGGCAGCAGAAACUUUUAAAGAGGACAGCAUCAAGGAGGGUUCACAUGUAGAGGUUCUUAAAGAUACAGAUGGAUUUAAAGCAGCUUGGUUCACGGCCAAUGUAUUGAGUUUGGAGGAUGGGAAAGCAUAUGUCUGUUACACUGAACUUCAGACAGACAAUGUGGAGGGACAGCUGAAGGAAUGGGUGUCGCUCCAAGGCGAAGGAGACAAAGUGCCAAAAAUACGCACUGCCCGUCCUGUUACUAUCAUGCGAUAUGAAGGAACAAGGAAGAGACGUAGAGCAGCUAUGGGAGAUUAUAAUUGGUCUGUUGGAGAUAGAGUUGAUGCAUGGAUUAGAGACAGCUGGUGCGAAGGGAUUAUCACUGAAAAGAACAAGAAAGAUGAGACUGAAUUAACUGUCCAUUUUCCAGCUCAAGGAGAAACAUCAGUUGUAAGAGCCUGGCAUCUUCGGCCGUCUCUCAUUUGGAAGGAUGGGGAAUGGAUAGAAUGGUCCAAUUUGCGAGAAAAUGUCAGUGCUUCCCAUGAGGGUGAUAUGCCACAGGAAAAACGAAUAAAGUUGGGCAGUCCAGCAGCAGAGGCCAAAGGGAAGGAUAAGAUGUUAGAAAGUAAGGGUGUUGUAGAAUUAGGGAAAUCUGAGGAGUCAAGAUUACUGGAUUUAUCAGAGAAUGAAAAGUUGUUUAAUGUUGGUAAGAACACCAGAAACGAGAAUAAGCCUGAUGCUCUCAGAACAUUACGGACUGGUUUGCAGAAGGAAGGAUCAAGAGUUGUUAUUGGUGUUCCUAAGCCUGGAAAGAAGAGAAAAUUCAUGGAAGUAAGCAAACAUUAUGUUGCAGAUCGGGGCAAUAAAAUUAAUGAACCAAAUGAUUCAGUUAAAUUUGUGAAAUAUUUGAUGCCUCAAGGCUCAGGAUCCCGUGGAUGGAAAAAUAGUACUAAAAGUAGUAUUUUAAAGGAAAAACGAGUAGCUGAAACCAAGCCCAGAGGUCUUAAGACUGGAAAACCACUAAGUGUUUCAGGUAGAACUGUUCCAGCAAAGGACAACCUCUCAAUUAAUGCAGUUUCUGCUCCUGAUGAUGGCACUCUGACAAAUCACUUAGCAAAAGUCAAGGAUUCUGUAAGCCAUGCUGAGAAUGCAUCAGGAAAGCAUAACCAGUUUGAUAUUGGAUCGCUCUCUAGCACUCUGGGAACCGCAGAGGGCCCAAUUUUAUUUUCUUCACGGGCUUCUUCAUCAGAUGGAUCCUCCAAGAAAGUUUCCACAUCAAAUGCCAAAUCUGAGAGGGCUAAUAAAGGAAAACUUGCACCAGCUGGUGGAAAGUUAGCCAAAAUUGAGGAGGACAAAAUCUUUAAUGGUAGUUCUGCAAAAUCAACCUCUGAAGUUGUUGAGCCUCGUAGAUCUAAUCGCAGAAUUCAACCAACAUCAAGACUAUUGGAAGGAUUACAAAGCUCAUUGAUCAUCUCAAAGAUUCCCUCUGUUUCGCAUGACAAGGGCCACAAAAGUUCAAAUAGGAAUGCUUCUAGAGGGAAUAACCAUGGCUGAAAUGAACUUUUGCAUUGAGGGGUUCCAGUCAACAGAAUGUCAGUUGUCGGAUGACCACACAGCAAGCAUAGUUAAUAUGUAUAUUUAUAGUAGGGGAGAAAUUAGGAAUGGAAAUUCUUGCUUCCUUUGAUUUAGUCUUAAAAAUCUAGUCAGUAGAUGUUCAUAUUGAUUUUAGUUUCUUCAUAAUUAUGAUUCCCCUAGGUCCUGCCCUAAUAGGUUGUAUAUGGAAAAUUCUCCAUGUAGUUUGGCUUGAAAUCACCGAGGAAGUUUGCAAAUGAUCAAAAUCAUGGCAUGUUGCUUCGUGCCUUACUGAUAUUAACUUCUCUGAUAUGCUUUUUGUGUGCACGUGCGCAUGAGAGAGAGAGAGGUGUAUGCGUGCUGCACGCUAGUUGAAAGAGAACGGAUGCAUAUGCCUGAUACACAUGAGACUUUGUCCUGUGUAAUUCAAUGUGACGUCACUGUCACAGCCUGAGCUUUUAUCUUUCAUUUGCAAUCCCUCCUCCCAGAAACUGAAGUAUUAAUGUCAUAGUUCCUCUGGUUCUCAUACGUUCUCUCUA